GCGAUGGUGCAACCACAGCACUUUUGUUCCUAAGAUUAACUAAAAUAUUUAACGCAAACUAGAAGAUCUCCACCAUGUCAGACCAGCACAAUGAAUUCAAGACGGGGAAUAUCUGUCGUAUAUAUAUUAAAGAUUUCCUAACCUUUGAUGAGGUUGAAGUGCGUCCCAAACCUCACCUGAACUUCAUCAUGGGGCCUAACGGCACAGGAAAAUCCACCAUCCUGUGUGCAAUCUGCAUUUGCUUAGGAGGUAAACCAGCAGUCACAGGCAGAGGCAAGGAGGUUACUGACUACAUAAAAAAUGGCAAGGACACAGCAAUUCUCGUGACAGAAAUCUUUGUUGAAGGAAACAGUCCUAAUGUUAUAAUCAAGAGGCAAUUUGGUCGCGAUAAGAAGAAUGUUUGGUUCCUUCAUGACAAGGAAGUUUCAAAGAAAGUGAUAACCAAAUAUCAUCCGUAAAUCAUCGGUGUACAACUAUGCAGGUUGCCAUUGCCAAGGAGGGUUGCCAAUUUUGCCAAGAUGAAUUGCAUCCAACUGUUAGAGGCUACAGAAAAGGCAGUUGGUGAUGCCAGUCUUUUUGAACAGCAUGACCUCUUGAGGUCCAGUGGUGAUAAGAUGAAGGACCUGGCGGCAAAAGUAAAGGAGCUUGAGUCACAGCUGGAUAUUGCAGUCAAGAAGAAUGCCAGAUUAAAAGAUGCAGUGAAGAACCAUGAGCUAAAAAACAAGUUGGAAGAGCAGAUUAAGGAACUUCAGACAAAGAAGCUGUGGGUACUCUUUCAUAUGAAGAGAGAAAAACACGUGUCUCUGAAAUCAAGUUUGUCUAACCAGAAGGCUGCACUUGACAAGAAACGCAGUGAAUUGGAACCGGCACGUAAAAAGAUUGAAAAGGUGAAGAAGGACAUGUCGGAAUACAAGGAUAAUAUACAUGAUAAGACAGCAUUUGCGGAGAAGAAACGGAAGGAUGUAGAGAAACUGCACAAGAGCUACCAACAGCUUGAGGAGGCACUGCAAGACGCACAGCGAGAGUACAGUGGACGGGAGCAGGAGGAGCAGCAACGGAUGCGUGAACUCUCCGACUACCGCAAGCAGCUUGAUGUCCUGCUCGUCCAGCUCAACAAUCUGCCUCAGGUCAAUGAUGAGGAGACAAAAAAGAGGCUUAUGGAACUCACCCAGCAUAUCAAGGAAGCAUCACAGUCACUGGUGAGGCUAGAGAGCCAGGAUGAAGAGGUAGUCAACACCAGGAAGGAGUGUGAGCGAGAGAUCUCGAGCAUGGAGCGUAAACUACAUGGGUUGAAAGAUGUGAAAAACCAACGCUUUGAACUCCUGAACAAGACAAAUGGAGAUGCCUACCGAGCAGCAAAGUGGUUGGAGAGCAAUACUGAUAGGUUUUCUGCACGUGUUCACCCACCGAUAUGUACCGAGGUGAGUCUGGGUUAUUGUUAUUCAGGUGAGAAAGUAGUCAACAGCCUCGCUAGACCAGGGUUGAACUAUCAAAGACGCCAAGUGCGUGUCAAUGUGUCCUUCAUCCAGCAACAUGGACUUCGUAGGAUAUUGGUUAGUAGUCAAUCUUCUGCAAACUUCUUUUGUAUGAUGCCUACUUUCAAUCACUCUCCUACUGUUGCACGCAACUACUCCAUCCCAGAAUACCCAUCGCGGAAAUGCAGACUUGACCGUGUGCCAGUGCAGUUGCCGUAUUUCUAUAUAGGUGGAGAGAGGUACUCCAAGUCCCAGUCAAGGUAUGACAAGGAAUGGUCAACCAGUAUCUACCCUGUAAAAGAGGCUCGGUUGCUGCACAUCACUCUGGACACACAGCACAUCCUGCAGCUCCAGGAAACCAUCAGGAAAAGUCAUGACAGGAUUGCUGAUGCAGAGGAGCAACUAAAGCAAAACAAAACAGAAGAACAUGAGCUUUCAAAGAAUCUUGAGGUGUUACGUAAUGAGAAGAGAGUCCUCCUCUGUCGCAAAGAUGAAAGGCAUCAGUUGGAACAACGCAUUGCCAAUAAGAAGAACCAGAUUGCAAGACACGAAAGGGGUUCCAUCAACCUGGAGGCUGAGAAGGCUAAAAUGACCAAAAAAAUCAAGGAAACAAUUAUCAUGAUGAUAGGCAUUAUGGCUGAGCAGAAGAAGAGGAUGGAGGUGCUGGCUGAGGUGGCAGUGGAGCACUUCAGGCUGGUGACACAGGCAGCCGUCACAAGAACCUCCUUGCAGACACUUGAGGAGGACUUAGUCUCAUCUGGCCAGGCUCUCACCGCCCUGCAGGGAACCAUAGAGAAUUUGCUUCGUGAGCAGAAUGCAGCAAAAGCAGAUGCCAAUUCAACAUUGCAGGAACUCUUACAGUCCCUUGGUAUCACGGACUGGAAGAACAUAACAAAUGAGAUGAGGGAAAAGUAUAAUAAUUCUAAUCUGGAGGAAACUGAACAGCAACUGCACCAGUUGGCGGCCCACCGGGACUGCCUCACCACAGCAAACGAUAGCGAAGUAAAAGAGUACAGGCAAAGAGAGCAAGAAGUGAUCAGCCUGAAGCAGAGGUUGGAAGAAGCUAAGAACAAGGCAGGCAACCACCACGAUGCCCUCGAGGAGAGCAGAACCAGGUGGGAUUUGGGGGUUGUAUUUUGUGGUUGUUCUAGGUUGUUGUGUUGUAUGAACUUGUUGUUGUUUUCUCACUCUCUCUCUUUUUCUCUUCCUCUUCCUCUUUCUCUUUCUUUCUCCUUCAGUGACUGUUUCUCUUUCUCGGUUUGCACAUUUUCUGAUUGUAUCUUCGCCGACGACUUCAGAACGUACGGCAUCAAGAUCAGAGUGCGCUUCCGUGACAGUGACCGCCUUCGGGAGCUCACGGCGCAGCACCAGUCGGGCGGGGAGCGGGCGGUGUCGACAGCCCUUUACCUCUUGGCACUGCAGAGCCUCACCUCCGUUCCUUUCCGUUGCGUCGACGAGAUCAAUCAGGGAAUGGAUCCCAUUAAUGAGAGGCGAAUGCUGAACAUGCUGGUUAAAACAGUUGCGGCUGAGGAGUCUAGCCAGUAUUUCUUCGUGACGCCAAAGCGAGUCCCGGACAUGGAGUAUAACAAGUACGUGAACGUGAUGGUGGUCUUCAACAGCCAGACGAUGCUGCCUCAUCGGAAGUUCAAUCUGCGCAAGAUCCUCCAGAGGCGCCAACUCGGCGGGAAAGCGAACGUGGCCUCCGCCUGCGUUGACUGUGGAGUGAAUUUUGUUAUGAUGAUUCUUCGUGUUAUUUUUUUAUUAUUAUUAUUAUUGUUAUUGUUUGUUUUAUUGUGUUACUUUCUCGGAUUUUGUCGAAGGAAUUUUUUUUGUUGUAUAUUGAAUUGGAUUGUUGUAAUUAAUAUCGUGUGAUGUUUUAUUCAGUUAUAUUUUUUUCUUGUGAAGGAGUAUGAAAAUCCUUGAACAAUUAAUUCAUUAUCCCUGUGAUUAUUAUGAUUUUACAUUUUGGGACAUGGAAAAAUAAUGAUACGGAAAUGUAUCUUACACAUACUUUUAUACCGAUAUAAUUAAUAUUUUUGUAUUGCGAGUAUAGUGUCUUUUAUUUAGAAAUGUAAAGAGGUAUUAAUACAGAAAGUGUUUGUAAACAGAUCUGUAGCAGAAUUUUUUUUGUAACAUAAAAAGGCUUCACAUUUAGUUAGUAAUAAGGAAUAAAGAAUGUGAAUGUAUAAAAAAAAGUGUAUUAUUAUCUUUGCUAUUAUUAUUCUUAUUAUAAUGAUGCUUACUGAAAUGAAUCCUUCUGGCUUCAGGCGGGUCAUACCGCUGGCCUGACCCCCUGUCGUUACAAAUCUUAUUGAAAAUCUAUGGACGUGGCUUUGCUGUUUUCUUGUGUGUGCUUGACUUUUAAUAAGAAUAAACGUGUAUUUAUA